GUGUGGGCACUAGGUGGCACGGGGACACGGAGAUGUCGCCGCAGAAAAAUCCCUGCGGGUGGGGUGCAGCUCCGGGUGCCCAGAUACCACCUGGAGCUGCCGCAGGGAAAGUCCCUGUCUGGUUCCUGCCGUGGGUGAGGAGGUGACCCGGCAGCCGUCCUCCGGUCCUGGCAGGGACGUGGCAGCGAGGAGCCCAGCGCUCGCAGCACAGCGGACUCCUGGGGAGGAAGAGGAGGAGGGGGAUGCCAGCUCGGCACAUCCCGCUGGGAACGGGUGGUAAAUCCCGGGGAGCCGUUGUUUCCCCGAGGAGGGACAGGUGCCGUGGGAGAGUCCCCUCGGCUGGGCUGCGAUGGUGCAAGGAGGGGAAUUUGCUCUGCCUCACCUGCGGCCCCGGAGGCGUCGGGAGUCCCGCGGUGAUCCCCAGCAGCUGCAGCCAGGAGCUCGGUCCCCGGCUUGGGAUGGCCGGGGAGCCCUCGCCGGCAGCUCCCGGUGUCCUCGGCACCAGCUGGCACGGGGCACAGCUUGCCCCGGUACGGGGCAGAGGAAGCUGGAGGAAGAGCAGGUCCACGCAGGGGAACUCCCCCCAAAAGCUCUCGGCUUUCCCGAGUACCACCUCUGCCUCCCGGCAUUCGAUUUCGGUGGUCGGUCCAGCCGAUCACCUGAGCGCCGGUGCAGCCCUGCCUCCUCCCCGUCCUGCCCUUUCUCUUUCCCUUCCUUGUGGCUUUUUUUGCACUGUUUUUCCCCCUCUGCAAUCUUAUGUCUUUCUUUUCCCACUUCCGUAGCUACGAACACCCACAUGUGUUAUCUCCUUCCCCCAUCCCAUCCUGAAGCCUAUUUAUACAGAGCCCGGCUCCUGCCCAGCUUGCCAGAGAGCGCUGGAGGAGCGGGACGGGGCUGGCAGUGCCCAUAGCCCAACAUGCUCUUGUUUGAACAUCGGAUGGCUGAAAGAGGAUGCUUGCUGCUCUGGCUGCUCCCAUCUGUUCUCAGAGCCCAAUCUAGUGGGGAGAUGAGGCCCAGGUCCAUGCCGUGCCAGCAGAACCCCAUGAAGGUGUCUUGCAAAGGAGUUGGCCUGCGCAAAUUUCCAAAGGAGCUCGGCCAAGGAGUUAAGUACCUCGAGCUCUCCAACAACUUCAUCCAAAACCUGUCAGGCACCUACAUGCCAGGGUUUGGGCAGCUUGAGUACCUGGAUGUGUGCUUCAACCAGCUGGAAGCCGUGUCAGACACGACCCUGGCUCAGCUGCCCCGGCUGCGCUUUCUCCUCCUGGGAUCGAACCACCUGGACCGCAAUUACCUCGCUAAUGGGCGAGCUUUUCAUCUGCUCAGGAAUAUAGAGGUCCUGGACCUGUCGGCAAAUAAUCUGGAGAGCCACAUGGCAGGCUGGUACAUCAGCAACCUCACCAGGCUGAGGACGCUGGAUCUCUCCGGGAACAAGAUGACCAGCCUGCUGAUGGAUAUCUUCUGGAGCACGCCACGGCUGCGCGAGCUCGACCUCAGCAACAACUACAUCAUGGAAAUCGAGAAGGGAGCUUUUGAGGCUCUGGAAGAGCUGGAGGUGGUGAACUUGGCUUUGAAUUCCCUCCACUGUAUCUCUGGCUUCAGCCUCACGCAGCUGCGAGUUUUAAAUCUCAGCCACAACGCCCUGGAGCUCUUCGUCUCGGAGGAGGCAGCGGAGCCCUACCUGCUUCAAGUGCUCGACUUGAGCCAUAACAGACUCCUUUAUUUUCCAGAGCUCCCCAAAGCCCAUUAUCUCACACACUUAAACCUCUCCAACAACCUUAUUGCUUCCCUGCUCCCAGGCUCACGCCAUCCGGGGGAGUUUGUACUGCACUACAAGGAGAUGGCGAGGUUUAAUAGGACUUCGCGUACCGCGGCCGGUCUGACACAUGUAGCUGACUUGGAUCUCAGCAAUAACCGGCUGCAGCUGUUCCCAUUUACCUUCUUCCACAGCCUGGGCUCUCUGCACAGCCUCAGCCUGGCUAUGAACUGUCUCCAGGACAUAGCCGGGGAGUCGCUCGCCAACGGCAUGGAGCCCAGCGACCGCUCGUCUUCGCCGCCGGAGCACGCCAACCUCUCCGUGCGCUCGCUGGACCUCCAUGGCAAUGCCAUCCACGUGCUGCCACGCUGGUUUUUCGAUUCUCUGCCUCAGCUGGAAACGAUCGAUCUGGGCUCCAACAACCUCCAGCCCUGCGAGAGCCAGGGGAGCGAUCAGGGAGGGAAUUUGGGAGGGGGGUCUCGUGUGCCAGCCCCGGGAGGCACCUGCACCCCCUUCUACAACGUGCCUCGCUUGAAGCAUCUGAGUCUUUGCAAUAACAACAUCACCAGGCUGCACCCCUACGCCUUCAACCGGACCUCGCUGCUCUCCCUAGACCUGUCGGGGAACAAGGACUUGUCCGUGCCUAAGGAAGCCCUGGGGGGGCUGGAGUUCUCCCUGCAGAAACUCUCUCUGAGGGGCAACCAGAUGGACAACAGCAAGACAGAGCUCCCCUGCCUGGACACACUCAAAGUCUUGGACCUCUCGGGCAAUAAUUUGAGCCUUUUGCCCACAGGUCUUCUCUGCUCCCCGCUGGAAAGCCUGGACGUUCGCAAUAACAACCUGCUGAUGUUGGAAAAGCUGGCACUCGUGAGCUGGUCCCACAGCCUGAAGGACGUGUCCGUCGCUGGAAACCCCUUCAGCUGUUGCUCGCUGGCCUGGCUGGAUGUGCUGCAGGCAGCCGGCGUGGGCGUGCGGGACCUGGACGAAGCCCUCUGCACCUACUGGGACGAGAGCAGGAACUUCUCAGCCAAAAUAACCAGCAGUCCUUGGUGGCUUUGUCCACAUCCCAUGGGCACCAGCUCGCUGGCUCUGCUCGUGGUCGUGAUGAGCCUUUUCUUUCUCAGCUCCGGGGCUUGCUGCCUUCUGAAGAAAGGACAGAAGUCGCCGGAGCGUGUGGGACUCCAGAGCAACAGGGUGGGGGUCUUACCCCACCACCCCAAAAGAGAGGAGCCAGCCGAGGCGAAGCCAGCAGACAGCAUCACCAAAGUGUAGCCCAGCCCUGAGGAGCAGGAACUGUAGCAAUCAGUCAGAACUCUAAUUAUUAAUAAUAUUAAUAACAUUAUUGUAUUUUAGGUCUCCUCCCCUUGCUGGUAUCCUGUGUGUUUUGCAAACCCAAUAAAGGGAGCGUGGUUGGUGCCGAGCUCUGGGCCACCUCUCCUUCUCUAGAAGGAAGGUGCCCGCAUCUGCUCUGUUCCCUGCAAGAAAUUAAACACUCUAUAAGCAAUUGCGGGUGGGUUUUCUGCCCUGCCGUCAUACAUUCUCAUCACCCAGGACAAGAAACCUAGGCCUGGACUGCUUGUAUUGAUCUGCCACCCCCCUGAACCCAUCGCGGGCUGUUCCUGGAAAAGGAAUUGUCUCCAUUGGGACCACCUGAGCGUUUCACAGCUUUUCCAGCAGUCACCACCUGCCUUUUAAGUAGGUUUAAUAGGUCAGCUAACCACCUGCUCCUGCUCUCGAAAGCAUCACCCAGCCUUGCGAGGAGUGGGCAGUGGCAGGGAACGGUGCCUGGUGGUGGGUCACAGUGCCGGGGUGGGGAGGGGGUUUCUGCAGGAUCCUGCGUACCUCUCUCGUCUGCCUUUCCCUGCCAAGCCGUCAUCUGAAGGAUGCUGUGGAGUUGGCAGGGCUUAAAACAACCCCGGGCACUGCUGUGGAUGCAGGGAGGAAGCCUGCCCUGUCCUCACCCAUUGGGAUAGUGAGAAUGAGAGAAAAACCAGUCUUGUGCUGUCCCUGGCUGAUGCUGGGUCGCGGGCUCUUUGGGGGGGGUGCAGGACGUUCCCACCCCCAGCGCCUGCACUCCCGAGUCAGUGGCAGCAGGGGCGGCUCAGUCUCCGUCCCAGGGGGUAAGUGCUGGCAGAGCCGCGGUUCUUGGGGCAUCUGGCACCCUCUGAGCACCCAGCCCACGCUUGGGCAGUGUUUAAUAUUGGGGGGGGGGCUAGGACCCCAGCUAGGGAGGGCGGCAGGAGAAGGUGCUAAGUGGGACGGUGAGCUGCACCAGCAAUGCGGGAUGGCUGUUGUCGCGGUGUGAUGGAUGCUCUCGGUCCGCACACAACAGCCAGCUGUCUGUCCCGGGUGCAGUGUGUCCAGCUUCCCAGGGCAGAGCGGUGCUGCACCCCCCGCGAUAGCAGCCAGGUGCCCAACGAGCACCUGAAGGGCUGGGGCCAGCUCUGGGGAAGGAUAAAAAUAAGGCUGCGAUGAAACGUUUCAUAUCUCUCUGGUUCCACCUUGAAAGUCUCCAACUGGCCCGGGCUACCUGCUUGUCCACACACCUGUUGGGUUAGAGGCUGUGAGAGCAAAAGGGCUUGGAAGUCGCUUAAAAUCCCAAUUACUUAACUUUCUUUUUUUCUUUUCCCUUUCAAGCUUAUCGUGGUUUUGCUGUGAAGCAAAAGGCAUUUUUGCUGUAAAACAUACGCCUUCCCCAUGCUGCCUGCAUUGCCACUGGGGCUGCAGCUUCCCGGACUUCGAUGGGCAUCCAGCUCCCGAGGGACCCCCAGCGCCUUUGAUGGCCCCGCGUUUCCAUCCCCGCCUCAGUUUCCCUUUGAUCUGGCACUCUGCGCCUCGUCACGGCGAGCAACCGGCCAUGCCGGGGUGCCCGGGGCAUCGCGGGGGAGCCUGGUGCUGCGUGUCACCACCCUGCAGGGACCUUUGGGACGGGCAGGCAGCCCGUGCUGCUGGUGAAAACCCAGCCUCCUGCUCGAGGGCAGCUCUUUGCUGGAUCUCCUGCUUCCACACUCACCCUUCCUCUUUUUGCUCCAGCUCUCGCGUCCCUCUCAUUCACCAAAGUCCCAGUGCAUGCCAGCCACCCUCCCACCACCACCACCACCACGAGCCCUCGUCCUUUCCCAUCCCGGUGCUCCCCAGCUCCAUCCCCUGCUCCAGCGUGGGCCCCAGCUAAUGUCCCUGGGGAGACGCAGCCAGCUGGGUUCUGGGCGUGAAGCACAUUGUGCCAGGACCUGCCGUGCCCGCCUUGGUCUCUUCUGCACUUCUCCUCAGCAGGGUCCCUUGUCCUCGGGUGGCACUCGAGCUCCCUGGCGCGGGGACGUGCUUUCCCGCAUGCCCACGCAGCGCCGUGACAGCAGGUGGGUGAGCUCAGCCCGGCUUCAGCCCGUCCCUAAAGCCGUGCCAGCCUCCUUCCCCAGCCCAGCCGCCUGGUGACGUUACAGGGACGCUCUUGGGGGCUGCCUGGCCGGAGCCCAAAACUCUGCUCUUGCCUUUGGUGGGUGUUUCUGGUACAUUUUGUGUGGCCUCUGUUCCUCAUUUAAACCCCCUCCCAGGCUGUACUUUCCAUGCGUGUCGCCAUAAGAUGUCCUGCCCUUUGUGCUGCUUCUUCGCCGGCGUCUUCCUCGCAUUAAGGCUUGCAGAGGGCUGCAGCCUUGCAGCCACGCAGAGCUGUGUGACCGGCGGGGACGUCGCGUACUGCCGGGUGCUCGGUCGGUGCCAGGCGCUGCCCCGGGCUUCCCGAGUGCUCCCGAGCCGUGUUUAUCCAGCGCCGUUGACACAGGCUGGGUCGUGUCCCCAUGGAUCAUCAGCAGCAGCAGCAGCUGGUGGUUGACCUGUGUGGGGACGGCGGUGCUUGGGGACAGCGGGCUGCUGAUGCCUGAAGGUUUCUCCGGGGAUUAGAGCAUCUGCUAAAGUGUGUACUAAAAAUAGGAGAAGGGAUCCUGGUACUGGUUUUACCCUGCAGGGAAGGCACCCAAAGACACGUCAAGCUUAGGGUAAGAGGGGUAGAAGAGAGAUGCUGGCCCUGCUAAGGGACAGAGAAGCUCCCAGAGCCCAGGGGAGGGGGAGGUAAGCUUUAAAAAAGAAAGCAAGCCUGGAGAACUCCUGAGGCCAAAGAAAGGUUGUGAAGGUACGGAAACUGAGCCAGGGAACUGGUGUGUCGGGUUAUUAUCUUUAUCAAUGUCUGUGUGCUUUCCCGAUUCGAGGAAAAACAGGAUUCUAGGUUGUGGUCUCACAGGUACUGCAAGAAGAACUGAAUCCACGUCAGCACUGAGGGCAAUGCCCCCUUCUUCCAGCGACAGGAAAACCGACGUGCUUUCAGCUUGGCCGGGAGCAGGGCACGGGGCGAGCACCCAGGGCUAGUGCUGGCACAGGGGACGACGAGGUGUGACCGGGCUGGCCAGACCCUGCCCCUGCGAACCGCAUUCAUGUCAGCAGAAACCGGCACGAGUUACCCACGAGGUCAAGAGAAACCCGGCUGUGGUACUAACUGGUGCUAACAGGAGGGGUAUGUCUUAUGUUCUGCAUUGCUCCUCAGCCUGAGCUUCCCACGGUUUAUGGGAAAUGGUUUGCUUAUCCCAGUGAUGUCUUGGCAUCUCAAGCUUUUUCUUGAUCCAAAAUAAGGGUAAAAGAUCUGUAGAAUAUUGAAGUUCAAACAAAUAAAGUGAUGAUGCCAAA